UAGAUUCCUCGCCCCGGGACAGCCAGGGGGCCAGGCAGCAGACCGGCGAGAGAAUCCAAACCCCCAAGAUGGCACUGGUGCAGAUCUAUGAUGGUGGAAGUGCCGGGCGUCGGGGCCCGUAGGCGCGCGGGGGAGGGCGGGCGCAAACGGCACGCGGCCCCCUGGUUGCCUGUAGAUCGUCCGGAACCGUGGAAGACAGGCCGAGCCGUGUCGCAGCGAGUCUGUUAGUUUUUGACUUUUUGACUUUUUGCGCCAUGUUGUUUGGCUUUUUCCCUUUCCCACAGGCCCCGGAAUUUUUAGCGCAUGGCCCCUAGCCUAACGGCCCCCAUCUGUAGCGGGUUGGGGGAAAUAAAACGCGCGCCGGGGCCUCCGAGAUUCAUUGCGCCGGCACCGCUGCGCAUCCGCGGCAUGUAUGAGGAAGAGGCGGGCCCCCUGUUUUGCCUUGGGGCGUGCUGCCCGCACCACCGAGCUUGGCGCUUUGCAUGGUUUCGCGCCUCUUUGUUUGCGCAGCAGCUUCGGCGAUGCUGGAGCGUCCGGCCAACAAGGGCCACGGCGGGGGGGGGCUUCGCGGGGGAUGCGAAAAUAAAAGCAGGGCGCGCCGAACGCUCGAGAUGCAAAAAAGCAGAUGAAGGCGCCCGCCCCUACCUUUUGAGCAAGUGCCAGGAAGCCGCGGAGACGGCGC